CCGUCUUCCACCACUUCUCAACUCAACCACGCUCGCUUCCACGAACGACUAUUGCUCCCCCAUUCAGCUUUGAGAGAAAAUAGAGAAUUGAAGAAGGUCGAGGAGAGGAUUGGACUGGCAGAUAGUCAAAAUGAGUGAAGGAAGACCACAGAUAAUCGGCCCCGAUUCCGGCCCUGAGCCUCCGUUCCCACUGCGCAUGGGAGGCAAGGUCGUGAGUGGUUUUGGCAGAGGGAGUAAAGAGCUCGGUAUCCCGACAGCAAACAUACCAGUAGAAGGCGUCUCCUGGAUCGAAACUGCCGAAUCCGGUGUCUACUUUGGCUGGGCAGGCAUCCAGCUUCCGCCCUCGCACCCCGACCUUACGAAAAAGAACCAAGACUCAACGGCACCAUCCAUAAACCCCACGCCCACCAACCCUUCCCCUCAAACAACCACCUACCCUUCCGCGCCCUCUCCGCCUUCUGCCGCUCUAGAGAAAGGAUGGAGAUUAUACCCCAUGGUGAUGUCUAUCGGGUAUAACCCAUUUUACAAAAAUACGGUCAGGAGUGCAGAGGUACAUAUUUUGCAUCGGUUUGAGAAGGACUUUUAUGGGUGUGAGAUGCGGGUUAGUAUUCUGGGGUUCAUAAGGAAGGAAUUGGAUUAUGUGAGCCUGGAGGCAUUGAUUGGGGAUAUUGAGACGGACUGUAGGGUUGCGGGUGCGAGUUUGGAUAGGGAACACUGGCAGGGGAAGGGGGAAAUGAAGUACCUAACAGGUGAAGAGGACUAAGGAGGAAGGAUGGGAUGGGAUGGGGCCGGGAGAGCGGCCGGAUGGCGGUAUAGGAAAGGGAAUAACGACGGGAAAGAGGUCACGAUUUCCGGAGGUUUUAUCGUUGCUUUCUGCCGGCGCGGGAUAGAAUAUCGGGCGGGUAGAAGGAAAGCGCUGAUAGAUUAGAAAGCAUGGAUUUCACUACUUUUCUGUUUCUGUUCGGAGGGAAUCCAAGUUGGAUAGUAUCUUCAACCAUGUGGUUUUCACUUCAUUUCGCAUCGGGAGCUUCACUUCCUCAAUCUCUCUCAACUUCCUCUUCCAGCACUUCUGCAUCAC